AGGCAAUCCCUAAAAUAUGAUUGUGAUGCUCUUCAACUGCGCAUGCCAACGAUACUAAUAUUUUCCAUUGAAGCUGGGCGGGAUUUUUCUUAUCUUGCAAAUUCACUUCUUUCAUUCGGCUCACCACGUCAACAAACGUCUUCGCGCGGUAAAAGACAAUUCCGCAACAAAUCUUUCCGCGUCAUGACGACACCCAUUUACUCUCCGAUCCUCCAACCCUGCUUACCACCCCACACAUCAACCACACGCACAAUGACACAACGCCGCCCUCCUCAAACUCGUCCCAAGCAGCCCAACAGCCAGCGCGCCAGCGGGACCUUCGCGGAGCCCAUCGUGCUCAGGUCCAGUCAAUCCACCACCCCCUCCCCGCCGCUCACGGCCAUUCCACUCCCAGACGGCCCCAGCCAGGCAUCCAACCCCUUCACACCGCCCGCACCACUCCCGAAGCCAGACAACCUCAUCCCCGUCCCAACCCCCCUCCCCUACACCAUCCUCAUCGGCCUCCGCGCCCCCAUCUUCAUCAACCGCGCCGCCGACCCCACCACCCUUAUCCCCGAGCUCCUCCGCCUCGCCGCGCGGCGCCCGCAACCCCUCGACCUCAGCUACGCCGGCGCCCACAUACCCUCCAACCCCAUCGUCUUUCUCUGCAUCCGCGACUUCUACGGCUGCGGGAGGAGCGUCGUCGGCUUCUUCAAUCCCACCGUGGAGGAAAAUGCGUGUGAGGGGUGGCGCGAGUGGGGGAAUGGGGCGGCGGAGAUGUUCUUUACGGAAUGUAGUGAUGCGGAUUUGGCGGCGUCGGAGGUGAUGGUGGCGCAGAUAGGGGAGAAUUGGGGGAGGUGGGGGGAUGGGGAGGCGGAGAGGGUGGAGGCGGGGCAAGAAGAGAGGGCUGGGGGGAGGUGGGAGUAUAGGAGGUUGCAGAGGGUUGUGGAGAUGUUUUGGCAUGCGAGGGUGGAUGAGGCACUGAUUACGAGGAGGCCGUGGAUGUUUGGGGAUGAUUAG